AUUAUCAAUGUGCAAAUGAACUCUUCCAAAUCUAUGAAUCCCCCAACCAUCCUUCCUUGCUUGUGCUGGGAUGUUGACAUAAGGUUAAAACCACAGUCACAACAUAGAAAUCGGUUUCAGAGUUGGUGUAAUAGAUAUUUAUGUAGGAUCGUCUGGAGAUCAAUCAUGUCAUCUGUUUCUAUGAAAGGGAGGACUUUCAGCUCAAAACCAAGCAAUGAAAAAAAGUGCACAGCAUUAGAUGUGGCAAUGACACUUCCAAAGAGAUUCCAGAAACCAGCUACUUAUGGCAAGGAAGUUCUUACACUAAAAGGACCUGACAUGGUUCGAAAGCUUGUUGUACCAGGACCAGAACCCAAUGUGCACCCUAUUUACUUUGAUAAAGGAGAGUUUUGUCGUCUAGUAAAGCAAUCAAAGGUUCUAACUCCAUCCGAAAAAUUAAAGCAACAGGAAGCAGCAGAAAGUGCUAGAAGAAGAUUAGAAAAGGAAAGCACUGAAAGAAAAGAAAAGCUAAAUUCUUUUGAAAAGUACCGGGUGAAAAGUGUCCGUCUUGCUGAACUUGAAGCAGAUGCCGAAAGAAAGGCUGCACAUUUAUUAGCAAGAGCGAGAGAGUUACAACAAGAAUCACAAGAUGAAGUCAAAAGUGCAAACCGACUAAUUAUAAGUACAAAAUGCCAUGCUAUAAGAUCGGCACAAAUGGCAGAGAAGCAACUUAUUCAGAAAGAACUAAUAGAGGAAGAACAGCGUCUUGACAAAAUGAUGGAACAGCAAAGAAUGAUUGGACUUAAAGAAGAAGAGAAACGUAAAGAGGAAGAAGCACUCAAGAAUCAACGUUAUCUGAAAGCUCUUCUUCAUCAAAUACAAGAAAAUGAAACAGGGCGCAUACAUGAAGCUGAGCGUAAAGAGGAGGAAAGCAGACUUAUGAAUGAAGCAGCAAUGCAAGUUCAGAUGGAAGAACUUCAGGCAUAUCAUAAUAAAUUAGAGGAGCAAGCCAAAACUCGCCAAUUUUUGGGCCAAGUGAAUGAACAACUCAAGUACUUCCAAGAUUUGGAAAGGGAGGAAAAGAGACAAGCGGAACUAAAAGUACAGAAAUUUAUGGCUGACAAAGCAGCCAGAGAAGCAGCUUUAGAAGAAGAACACAGGAAAAACAGGCUUGCGAAAGAACUGGAGAUAGCUCGUCUACGGGCAGCUCAAGAAAGAAUGUCAGAUCUAAAAUCUCAACAAGAUGAACUGAAGGCACUGAGGACACAAGAUGAGGUGGAACGAGAAUGGCGAAGAAAAGAAAAAGAGGAAGCAAUAAAAAAGGCUAAAGAGGAGCAAAAACUAAAGCAAGCAAGGCAAGAGCAGAUAGAGCACCGCCGUAGCAUGCAAGCUCUUGAAAUAGCUAGGGAGAAGCAGCAAUUUGAACGUAUCAUUCGCUCUCAGCAGUUGGAAGCAGAGAGGGAAAGGCUGGAGCAAAUAAAGCGCCAAUCAGGUUUGGAGGCAUACCGUACAGCUAUACUAGAACAGAUAAAUGAAAAGGAACGAGAAAGAAUUCGGGAAAGGAAAUUAAAGUUCCAAGAGGGUGAUGCAGUAAGAGCUGAAGAAGAGUCACGAAAGAGAGAGCUUCAACUCACAAUGAAACGUAAAAUUGAAGAACUAAGGGCAAAUAAAGUUCCGGAGGCUUACAUAAAAGAAAUUGAGCGCCAACUUAAACUAAAUGAGGCCACUUAAUUGGCAAUGAGGUAAGAAAUACUCUACACCAUACAAUAGCAAUAAUAUGACCACGAAUUUGAUAUAAUGUAUGCACUCACAUAAUUGGCAACCAAGAAACAAAAAAAUAAUUAAUAAAAA